GUCACACCUGAAGCACCAUACAUUAGAUGGGCUCAUUAUAUUGAGGUGUAUAAGUGUGAUAUGAAUAGAAGUUCUAAUGCUCCUUCAAGAGUUUGUCCCAGAAUUACUGAAAGACAUUUAGCUCCUGAUAAUUUUAGCAAAAUGUCUGUUAAACUUGYCACUCAAAUUUUAAGUGACUCGAUGGCCAAAGGUAUUGAGUUUUACAGGGAUUAUAUUAAAAUUGAUAGUUUGAAAAAUAGUAAUGAAACUCAACAGUUCACAGACCGUUUCAAUAAAUUAUUUGACACCUUUAAUAGAAAACAUCCUAAGGAAGGGAUAAAAAUGAAAAGCAAAGACUUUGAAGUUUUAGAAGAUACUCUAUUAUGGUUGGAUAAUUGGGAGGAUCAAGUAAUUAGACAAAAAAUAUCAAAAGAAGAAUAUUUAACGAAAUCUACAGCAGAAGGUUUACGAGUCACAAUUACUUCAACAAUAGAGUUAUCUACAUAUCUUCUGGAAARCUGCAAAUUUAAAUAUGUAUUGUCUUCUAAAUUCAAUCAAGACCGACUAGAAGUAAACUCGACUAAUAACUAA